AUGUCUUACUACGAGCAGCGCAAACAGCCCUGCGUGCCCCCUCCCGUUUGUGCACAGAAAGGCACCAAGUGCGUGGAGCCCUGCCAGCAGGUUUGCGUGGAUCCCUGCAGCAACAUCUGUGUGAAGCCCUGCCCCACGCCCUGCGUGGAGGUUUGCCCAACGCCCUGUGCCACCCAAUGCACCACGACUUGUACCACCCAAUGCGUGGAUCCUUGUGCCACCCAGUGCACCACGACUUGUACCACUCAGUGCGUGGAGCCCUGUAGCACCCAGUGCGUGGAGGUCUGUCCCCCUAAGUGCAUCGAUGUCUGCGUGAAGCCGUGUCCUACUCAAUGCACAACCCAGUGUGUCACCGAGUGCGUGGAGGUCUGUCCCCCUAAGUGCAUCGAUGUCUGUGUAAAGCCGUGUCCUACUCAAUGCCCAACCCAGUGUGUUACCAAGUGCGUGGAGCCCUGUGUCACCCAGUGCACCACCAAGUGCGUAGAGCCCUGCGUCACCAAGUGCACCACCAAGUGCGUGGAGCCCUGCCAAGCCCCCUGCGUGGAGGUGUGCACCACCAAGUGCGUUGAGUCUUGCGAGACGGUGUGUCUGGAACCGUGCUCUCGCCGAUGCUGA